AUGCAGCAGCAGACGGAAUACCGGAGGCCACAGUGUCGGACGCCGGCGUUCGCUCCGAGCAGCAAGCGGCCGCACGACCUCACGGGCUACACGUGGACUUGGGCUGCCCUGAAACGCGGAGACAAGCCUCUGUGGGACGACCAUGUCGAGCAAUUCCUGGACACAGAGAAGCAGGCUUACACCCUGCUUGUUACGGAGAACGAAGAAAAUGCAUAUAAGAAACGCGUCCUGGGUGUGAUGGAACAGCGGGUCGCGUCCAUCAAUCCUAGCAAAGACCUUCCUGCCUCUGCUAUACCCGCCUUGACAGCCGUUCGGUUGGCCAGCCUCGCGUGUCAGCUCGGAAGCGACAGGUGCACCACGUUUUCCACAAACGUCGCAAAUCUUGUUGUGGAGAAAGACUUUCUCGCGAUAGCUCAAGAGACUCUCGACGGGCAGGUGAGCGCAGCUGAGGCGGACAAGGUUCGAGUUUCCCAACAUUUCCGUAAAGAGGUGCUGGAGCAGCUUUCCAAAAUACAAACGGUUCCAACGCAGGAAGACUUCACGAGAACGCUGAACAACUUGGCCAUUUUGCAUAUCGUGAGAACUUCGGAUGAACUGGAAAUCGUGACGGAAUGCGCUAUUCGCAGUAAUUUAAGCGCCGUUGUCACCGAUCCUCCAAUGAAAGACGUCGCGGAAGGCGUUUUCGUUCACGCUCCGCCCUUCCAGGCGCCCCCUGCAGUCCAAGCCUGGAUAAACGACCAGCCUUAGGCGGUGCUGUCAGAGGCCGGAUGGGCGCAUGGACCUUAUUUCAGUUCGCGCAACCUUGUUUGUUGGCUGUAAUAGCGCAAUGUGAUUGUCGGUACAGGAAAGACGAACUGGAUUACUACGCUUCCGUAGUAUGAGUUAUUUGUUAGCGGCCAGUAUGUGCGAUUUAGAAGAUAAUAUAAUAUCGUUAACUGAGCUGUAAGUGCGAUUUUAUGUGCUUUUGUCCUUUCAGUUCACUGUUAUGUGGUGUGCUGAUGCGUUAUUGUGCGGAACACUAUUAUGCGCUAAAGCAAAAAUAUUUAGUGCUAGCACAUACUUGAUAUGCAUACA